AUGGCCCGUGCAUUCUCUUCAACCGCUCGGACCCUUGUGAGAUGGUUGGGCUAUGAUAAGGAGCUUCUCACGCCGGAGUUCCGGCAGGCGGUAGAUCAUUAUGCGGCCAAUGGUGCCGUCAAGAAAGUCGGCGAAAUCGAAUCUAUUGAGAUUUUGCACCGCAACGACAGCAGUAGCCCUAUCCAUCGAUCUCAUUACAACCCUAAAGAUAAAGAGCUGAUUAUCAGCGCUCGAGUCAAGCCUACCAAUGGGCCGGCUCGAACCCAUCACAUCUAUGCGAACGGUACUGGCACCAUCAGAGUUGGCGAUAAACGCGAGUAUUCGACGUCGGCCACACAGGGAAGACCCGUGGACAUGGCUGCUGAAGAGGGACCUCGGGAAUAG